AUGACUAAAAGUAUUUUAAGUGUUGCAUCACCCAGACUACAACGUCUAAAAAUCAAACUUCUUAAAUAUGAUAUUAAAGUACAAUAUUUACCGGGAAAAUUUAUGUUUGUGGCGGAUACUCUAUCGAGAGCCUUUUUGGAAGAUAGUGUAGAUGAUGAUCCAGACAUGUUAGAAGUUAUUCAUACUAUUAGUGUAAAGAAUUACAUAAAUAUGACAGAGGAGAAAAAACAAAUGUUUAGGAAUGAAACAAAUGCUGAUCAAAUUCUUGCGACAGUAAAAAAGUAUUACAUGGAUGGUUCGCCUAUGAAAAAAUUUCAGGGUCAUAUGAAUACAUUCUUUAAUAUCAGACGCGAAUUGCAUUUAGUUGAGAACUUGCUAUUUUAUAAGGAGAGGGUAGUUGUGCCUACUAGAUUACGCAAUGAUAUCUUAAAUGUGCUACAUGAAGAUCACUGUUUCAUAGUCAAGAUGAAAUCUAUGUCAAAAAGUUCAGUAUACUGGCCGGGACUAAAUAGCGAUAUUGAACAUUAUGUCAGAAAAUGUCAUAUCUGCGAAAGGUAUAGGCCUGCAAACAUCAAAGAGCCGUUAAUUAAUCAUAAAAUUCCAAACAAACCGUUUGUUAAAUUGGCACCAGACAUUUGCAGUUAUGGCGCGAAAGAUUAUUUGGUAAUUGUUGAUUAUUUCUCAAAAUGGCUGGAAAUCCUACCAAUACACAGCAAAACAGCCACUGAGCUAAUAGAUAAAUUUAAAGUAGUAUUUGCCACGCACGGAAUCCCUUUGGAAUUAAUAGCUGACAAUAUGCCUUUUGGUUCGUAUAAGUUUAGAAAGUUUUCGGAAGAGUGGGGCUUUAAAGUAAAGACAAGUAGUCCUCGAUAUCCUAGGUCAAAUGAUCAAGCUGAAAGUGCGGUCAAAAUUGCGAAAUCGAUUUUAAAAAAGGGUUGUGAUUUACAAUUAGCUUUGUUAAAUUAUCGCAAUACAGCUAUAAUAGGAAUUGGUUUAACAGCUGCUCUGAUUUUGACCAACCGUAAAUUCAGAACUAAGUUGCCUAGUUUAACGUUAUCCACAACACCUAAAGUUAACAAUAAUAAAAUUAAAGAAAAAAUUCUUAAAAAACAGGAUUUGGCAAAACAGUAUUACGACAAUAAAACUAAAGAAAGAAAAGCCUAG